AUGCAAUACUUAAAUAUUUUACUGCUAUUACUGAUCGGCGUGUGGGCCAGUCUCAGUUCGUGCGACAAUGCCAAUAUUGAAAGUACCAGUUUUAAUGGUCGUCCCGGCUGCAAGACCCAGGGGGAAGUGGGUAAUGUUUAUGCGAAUUUCUUCGAUUCGACACGUUAUUGGCGUUGUCUGGCAAUUGGUGUCGAUGCCAUUUCUAUUCGUUGUCCUAAUGGUUAUGGUUUCCAACCGAAAUUGAAAACUUGUGUCUCCUUUGCAUCCUGGCAAUGGGAAACUGCCCAAAUGCCACCAAGUUGUCCUGAUUUUGAAGUGGAAUGUAUACCGAAUUUGCAAGUUUAG